CCAGAGGUGCCCAUCCUUACUCCGUGGACCCCAUCGGACGUGUCACCGCAGUUGCCUCCUGUCCCCCGCAUCCUGGACCCGUCCUUGGAACUGGCAUCCUUUACUCACGCCGGGGCGGUAAAAAAUCAUGACGAUCGAAGUUACGAGCAGCUGGAGUGGCUGGGUGAUGCCUACCUCUACUUGAUGUCUACAGCAUACAUCUUUCUCACAUUCCCGAACUUGAAGCAUGGUGAUAUGUGCCAUAUACGGGAAGUGCUUGUUCGCAAUGCGACAUUGAAGGACUACUCGCUCCACUACGGCUUCGACAAGCGUGCUGUCGUUCCAGAUGAAUACGGACUCGACGGCCGCCAAGGCGGUACAAAGGCCUCUUCGAAGGAGCGUGCUAAGGUGCUAGGCGAUGUUUUUGAGGCUCACGUUGCAGCCAUCAUCCUCUCUGAUCCUAUCAGAGGCGUGUCGAGAACAGCAUCCUGGCUCAAAGCGCUUUGGAGCACCACGAUUUCCGAACAGAUAAAGAAGAACAACGGAUCUGCAAAGGACAGACUCUCCGGUGAACUGGCUCUUCGUGAGCCCCGGGUGCAGAUCGAGUAUCGAUCUCUAGACGAGGGACGACAGCAAAAGAGGGAUCCGCUGACGAACAUGAAGCUUUUUACGCAGGGGUCGUUUUUAGUGGGCUAUGGCGAGACGGUGCAGCUGGGAAUAGGAACUGCGAAGAAGAAGUCGGAGGCAAAUGAAAAGGCGGCGCAGAACGCGCUCGAGAACAAGAAGCUCAUGAACACCUACAGGGAGAAGAAGCGGGUCAUGCAGGAGAACAAACGCGCAGCGCAAGAGGGAGCCUCC